AUGUCAACAAACAACUUUACUGCUCCCUCGCUAGCAGUAAAAUACUCACUUAUAUGUCAUGUGACGUGGCGGUCACUUCCCUCCACACCCACGCUCCCGCCCUCCACGCCCACGCUCCCGGCCUCCACACCCACGCUCCUGCACUCCGCGCUCCUGCCCACACUCCCGCCCUCCCCGCCCACGCUCCCGGCCCUCCCCGCCCACGCUCCCGGCCCUCCCCGCCCACGCUCCCGGCCCUCCCCGCCCACGCUCCCGGCCCUCCCCGCCCACGCUCCCGGCCCUCCCCGCCCACGCUCCCGGCCCUCCCCGCCCACGCUCCCGGCCCUCCCCGCCCACGCUCCCGGCCCUCCCCGCCCACGGUCCCGGCCCUCCCCGCCCACGCUCCCGGCCCUCCCCGCCCACGCUCCCGGCCCUCCCCGCCCACGCUCCCGGCCCUACACGCCCACGCUCCCGGCCCUACACGCCCACGCUCCCGGCCCUACACGCCCACGCUCCAGCCCUCCACACCCACAUACCGCAAUAUAUGUGGGUGCUCAUUAG